AUGGCGUUCUUUUUGGUUCUUAGCAUCUUUGUUGCUGUUGCAUCGGCACUCUCAGUGUCGAGACAGAUUCAACUGGGAAAUCAUGAAUACUUUGUCCCUCCCACGGCAUCCUGGAAACUUGAAUCAUGGGACUACAAGGCUGGAACGGACGAAUUUGUUCCCCUAACCGUUAUUCAUCUGAAUGACACGGUCAAUGCAGCCAGCGUUGCCUCGGCGUUGGUUGAGUACGAGAAAGACGACGUGUGGACAGCAUCCUUUGCCGAGGUCAUAUGUGUCAAGUGCACAGAAACGACAAACGAUUGGGUCAAGGAUCUACCCCCUGAUUACAAUGCAUCGGCUGUCUUUUACUCAGAGACCUCUCCUCCUGGGCCGUACUUUGUUCACGCGGCUACUGGAAACGUGUAUCAAGCGUAUCGGCUUUACGCAGAUACAAAUCAAGCUUUCAUUCAGGCUUCUUAUCAAGAUCCUUCAGGAAUCCAUCAUCCUCUCCGCGCUGCUAGUUUCUCUGCUGGAGGGCUUACCAUUGCCGUUCCUUCUCGACUCUACUUUACCCAAACACCCGAGAAACCUCUUGCUGGUGUGAGAAUCUCUGUCAAAGAUCUCUACGAUCUCAAAGGCAUCAAAACAAGCGGUGGAAACCGAGCAUUAUACGAAAUCAGCGACAUCAAAAACGAGACAGCCUUUGCGGUUCAGAGACUAAUCGACGCUGGUGCGGUUGUCAUCGGUAAGAACAAGAUGUCAGAGUUUGCAUUUGCAGGUAUUUACGUGACGGAACACAUCGAUUACCUUUUGCCGUUCAAUCCCCGUGGAGAUGGGUACAACUCGCCAAGUGACAGCUCUGGAGGUUCAGCUGCAGCUGUAGCUUCAUAUGAUUGGCUUGAUGCCACUAUGGGGAGUGAUACAGGCGGCAGCAUCAGGGGACCAGCUGCGGUCAACGGGGUUCAUGGGAAUCGACCAACCUUCGGGGCUGUGGAUCUUACUGGAGCACUUCCUUUGUCAACAGCAAUGGAUACCUCUGGAAUCCUUGCUCGAGAUCCUCUUCUAUGGUCCAAGAUCAACCGAGUUCUCUACUCCGAAACAAAAGAGUACCACAAGUACCCAAAGAUCAUUUAUCUCGACCCAGAAAGCAAGGCGAUGAUAUCCAACUUGCAAGACUACUUUGUGGAAGUUUCAGAGGCUGCCCGAAACUUCCUUGAUGCCUUGACCAAGCUCUUGUCAGCUGAAGUUAAAACCUUUUCUCUCGAUAAGGAAUGGGACAAGUCAGGGCCUGACCCAGAUAACUCCCUUUCAGACAUUACUAGUUUUGUCUACCGGAAUUUGACCCGAUACGAGCAGUGGAACAAGUUUGGAAAGGACUACGUGAAGAAAUACAAGGCUUCUCACAAUGGAGAAUUCCCUCACAUGGUCCCCCACAUUCGAAGCGGUUGGUUGAUGGCGAACAAGACAAUGACCGAGGAGACACACCGUGAGGAUCUUGAGUCCAAGAAGAUGGUUGAGGACUGGGCCGCGAAGCAUUUCUUGUCUCCUGACAAGGAGACAUGCACGAAGGCUGUAUACGUCUACUUUUGGACCCCAUUGUCAAAUUACAAGCCAGAUGUCUCCAAAGACACUUCCAAUCCUUACAUUUCGCACUUGGCCGGCAUAAUCUCGAAUCAACAGGCGGCAAUUCUCGAGUUGAACAAGACCAUCAACUGCAAUACUACUCUUGGAACCCCUGAAGCCUGCAAGUUUUCCUUGGAAGCCCUUGGAGACAACGACGACGACUCGGAUGAUUCCGUUUCUCCUGGUCGUCUUGCAUCUCUUGCCGGUCUCCCCGAUUACGCCAUCACUCUUGGAAGCUUUGACUUGGGAGGGGUAAACUUUUCCAACUCGACCCUGAAGAACCAGAGUCUACCACUGGCAGUGGACAUUAUGGCCGCCAAGGGAUGUGAUUUUGUCAUUCUGGAUAUCGUUGAAGCAUUGUACAAAGAGGGGGCUAUCAGAACGGUCAAAACUGGGCCAAUUGUUUAG